GCAAAGGGGGAGGGACCACUAUGCUCACGAAAACUCCACUUUGCAGAAUGCUUCUGCCAGGUCCUACUGUCUGUCUCUUUCCAGGCAUUUAAUACCUCCAAGAUUCAGGUUUGCUUUUACAUCUCUUCCUUGUGCAUCCCUGACAGCAGAGCCUAUUGCCAGCUGUCUUAAUUGAAGAACAGCAAUCCACCUCUUCGUGUUAUUGCCAUGAGGAAUACAUAUACCCUCUUUCUCUUUGUAGUGGGCUCCUUUUAUUUUAACGGAAGCACCGCAGCAGAUGCUGAAGAAAAGUUAAUGAACCACCUACUGAGUCCUGACAGGUACAAUAAGUUAAUUCGACCAGCUGUCAACUCAUCCCAGUUGGUAUCUAUAGAAUUGCAGGUUUCCCUGGCACAGCUCAUCAGCGUGAAUGAACGGGAGCAGAUCAUGACUACAAAUGUCUGGCUGAACCAGGAGUGGAUUGAUUAUCGUUUGGCUUGGAAGCCCUCUGACUAUGAAGGAAUAAAUAAGCUGAGAAUACCUGCAAAACACAUCUGGUUGCCAGACAUUGUGCUUUACAAUAAUGCGGAUGGCACAUACGAAGUUUCACUUUACACAAAUGCAAUUGUAAAGAAUAAUGGAAGCAUUCGCUGGUUGCCACCAGCCAUUUACAAGAGUGCCUGCAAGAUUGAAGUUAAGCAUUUCCCAUUUGAUCAACAAAACUGCACAUUAAAGUUCCGGUCUUGGACAUAUGAUCAUACAGAAAUUGAUAUGGUGCUUAAAACUUCCAUGGCAAGCAUGGACGACUUUACGCCAAGUGGAGAGUGGGACAUUGUAGCACUCCCAGGAAGAAGGACUGUAAAUCCUUUGGACCCCAAUUAUGUCGAUGUGACAUAUGACUUCAUUAUUAAAAGGAAACCUCUUUUUUACACCAUCAAUCUUAUCAUUCCAUGUGUGCUAAUUACAUCCUUAGCCAUCCUGGUGUUCUACUUGCCUUCAGACUGUGGUGAAAAAAUGACCUUAUGCAUAUCUGUGUUGCUUGCCUUGACCGUGUUCUUGCUGCUAAUAUCCAAAAUAGUCCCUCCAACAUCUCUAGAUGUUCCACUGAUUGGGAAGUAUCUCAUGUUUACAAUGGUACUAGUGACCUUCUCAAUAGUUACCAGUGUCUGUGUACUCAAUGUCCACCAUAGAUCUCCAAGUACUCACACUAUGCCCCCUUGGGUAAAGCUGGUUUUCCUUGAAAGACUCCCAGCCUACCUGUUCAUGAAGCGUCCAGAAAAUAAUUCUCCACGGCAAAAGCUGUGCAACUGCAAAAAGACAAAAGCUGAGAAUCCUUGUAUGGACCCAGCUGACUUCUACAAGAACUCUACCUAUUUUUUGAAUACAGCCUCUGCCAAAAAAUGUGAUAUGAAAAUCACUGAGACUCUUGACAAUGUCAGCAGCCAUCGAGAUUUUAGGUUAAGAACAGGCACAAAAUUUUCUCCUGAGGUCCAAGAAGCAAUUGAUGGAGUCAGUUUUAUAGCAGAGCACAUGAAAAGUGAUGACAACGACCAGAGUGUCAUUGAAGAUUGGAAGUAUGUUGCCAUGGUAGUGGACAGGCUGUUUCUCUGGAUAUUCGUCCUUGUUUGUGUCCUGGGGACUGUUGGAUUAUUUCUGCAGCCACUUUUUCAAAACCAUACUGCUGCCAUGAACCCUUAGUUGUCAUUUAAAACUGUCAAUAGUUACAUAGAUGUUGAGUCUCAUUCUGCUCUCAGUUCCCCCCUGUUAAAUCCACAGAGAUGCCAACUGAUGUGCUCUUACAUCAGAUUUAGAAUAGGGAAAUGGAAAGCAGAACUUGACUUAUUGUGGUAGGGGAAAAAAACCAAAACAAACAGAAAACUACUAUUUUUUCCAAUGAGUUCAGUAUUUCUGGUGAUAUCUUAGUCCUUUUUUCAAUUAUUUGAAGUCUGAACAUUACAAAGGCAUUUACUGUACAGUAUGCCAUCCUGGCUCACAAGGAUUACUAUUUAAAAAGUAUUUUACAUACAUUGCCUCAGGAAGGACGUUUUCUUUCCUUAGAAUACUGCAAUUUCCCUAUUACAAAGAAGGUAUUACUAUGACAUUUAUCUCAUUCAAAUGCAUCAAAACUAUUUGUGACUGAUUUAUGAAGAGCUUUACAGGUGGACUCACUGUUUAGCCGUUUGAGUAUGAUAUUUAAACCUGAACUGAGAAACAGAGACAUUCUUCUGAGUAUGCCUGGUUAUGAGUAUAACCACUAAUAGGUUUCUCUCCUUGCCAUCGCUGAUAGCUGAUUGAUCAACAGAGGCCAAAUUAAUAUAUGACAAACCAACCUGUAUAUACUCUGUUCAAUGAUGAAAUAUAAAUAAAAUGUAAAAUUUUCCUUUA